GAGCAAAAGCUUUCUUGUUUCGAAACACUGGCCCAAUCUGAUCUCAGAAGAAAACAAAGCAAAACAAAACAAAAUGAAUUUAUCAACGACAAAAUUCACUUUAUCAUCCACCACCACGAUAUUAUCGAUUAUUCUGUUAAUAGCAUUCUUGAAUUUCAAUGAUGCUGUUGAUAAAAGUAAUUUUAAAACCUGUGAACAAUCAGGUUUUUGUAAACGUAAUCGAAAUCUACAACCAAAACCAGAACGAUUUCAAUUAUUGGAUUCGGAAAAUAUUGUUCCCGAUUCAGAUUUGAAAAGUGUAUCAUUUCAAUUGAAAAAUAUUGAUACCGGAAUAAUUUAUCAGGCACAAUUACAAUCAAUAUUGGAUGGGCAAACAUUUCGAUUUCGUGUUGAUGAAAUUGACUCACCAAAAAAACGUUUCGAUCCAAGUGAAUUGGUGUUGAUGCCCAAUAUUAAACCAACGAAAAUUUCAAUUGUUGAUCAAUCUACCAAUGGAUUUACAGUCGAAACUAUUGAUGAAAAAAAUCAUCAAAAAAAUCGUGUUAUCAUUCAAGCUAAUCCAUUUCGUUUAGAUAUUUAUAGUGGUAAUGAUUUGGUUAUGGUUGUUAAUCAAAGAGGUUUAUUUAAUUUUGAACAUUAUCGUCGUAAACCACAAGAAGGUGAAGAAGAUCCAAAUACAGAUUGUACUGAAAUGUGUUGGGAAGAAACAUUCAAAGGUUCAACCGAUAGUAAACCAAAUGGCCCAAUGUCAUUAGGAAUGGACGUAACAUUUAUCGGUUUUGAACAUGUUUAUGGUAUACCUGAACAUGCUGAUAGUUUUUCAUUGAAAGAUACCAAAGGAACAAUGGAUCCAUAUCGUUUAUUUAAUUCCGAUGUAUUUGAAUAUGAUUUAUAUUCACCAAUGACAUUAUAUGGUGCAUAUCCAUUAAUGAUUGCUCAUUCUGUUCAACCAAAAACUGUUGGCCUAUUUUGGUUGAAUCCAUCCGAAACAUGGAUCGAUAUUGAAUCUUCGAAUUCUGGUAUUGGUAGUUUAUUAACCAAUUUGGUUUCCGAAUCAAAACCAAAUAAAUUAACACAUUGGAUUAGUGAAACUGGUUUAAUGGAUAUGUUUUUCUUACUUGGUCCAAUGGCCACCGAUGUUAUGUAUCAAAAUGGACAAUUGCUUGGUACAACACAAUUACCACCCAUUUAUUCGAUUGGUUAUCAUCAAUGUCGUUGGAAUUAUUUUUCCGAUCAAGAAGUAAUGGAAGUGGAUGAAAAAGCUGAUCUAUAUGAUAUACCAAUGGAUUCAAUUUGGUUAGAUGUUGAAUAUACUGAAAGUAGAUCGAAAAAAUAUUUUACACAUGAUUCGAUUAUGUUUAAAAAUUGGCAAUCAAUGAUACAGAAUUUAACGUCGAAAGGCCGUCGGUUAAUAACAAUUAUUGAUCCACAUUUAAAACGUGAAUCUGGUUAUCAUAUUUAUGAUGAAGCAUCAUCACAAGGUUUAUUAACAAAAGAUUCAAAAGAAGAUAAAGAUUUUGAAGGAUGGUGUUGGCCUGGGUCAUCUGUUUGGCCGGAUUAUCUAAAUCCAUUGGUACGUGAAUGGUGGUCAGAUAAAUUUGAUCCAAAACAUUUUCCUGGAUUUGAAGGUGGUAUUAUUGAUUUUUGGAACGAUAUGAAUGAACCAUCAGUGUUUAGUGGACCAGAAAUAACGGCACCAAGAGAUAUGCGUCAUAUUGAUAAUGUUGAACAUCGUGAAAUACAUAAUAUUUAUGGUUAUCUAAUGACAAAAAGUACAUGGGAUGGUCUGUUGAAACAUCGUCCUAAUCUUCGCCCAUUCAUUUUAUCACGAUCAUUUUUUGCCGGUUCACAACGUAAUGUUGCUAUUUGGACUGGUGAUAAUAUGUCCAAAUGGGAACAUUUAAAAAUAACAAUAGCUAUGCUUUUAUCACAUUCAAUUGUUGGUAUAACAUUUAUUGGUGCUGAUAUUGGUGGAUUUUUUUUCAAUCCAGAAUCGGAAGAAAUUAUGAUCCGUUGGUAUCAGGCAUCAAUAUUUCAUCCAUUUUAUCGUGCACAUGCACAUUUGGAUACAAAACGUCGUGAACCAUGGGUUUAUUCGGAAUUUACCCGACAAUCAAUACGACAAUCAAUACGAAUUCGUUAUUCAUAUCUACCUUAUAUGUAUCAAUUAUUUUAUGAAAAUGAACAAUUAGGAAUGCCACCAUUUCGACCAUUAUGGAUGGAAUUUCCCACAGAUUCAAAAACAUUAUCAAUCGAUACGGCGCAUAUGUUAGGAUCAGAUUUAUUAUUUGCACCAAUUUUAGAUAAAGAAUUGAAACAACUUGAUAUUUAUCUACCUAAAAAACAACAUGAACAAACAUUUUGGAUGGAUGUAUUUUCAAAUCAUGUUUAUCAAGGUGGUCAAGAAUAUCGUUUUGAAGUGGAUAUAAAUUCAAUACCAAUAUUUCAACGAAGUGGUUCGAUCAUUCCAAAACGUGAACGACCAAGACGUUCAGCUGUAUUGGCCGUCAAUGAUCCAAUAUCAUUACAAAUAUUUUUAAAUUCAAAUGGUACAUCAACGGGUUUUAUUUAUCUUGAUGAUGGUCAAACAUAUAAUUAUCAAAAACAAAAUGCCUUUAUUUAUGGUCGUUUUAAUUAUUCAAAACGUACAUUGCAAUAUACGUUUGAAAAAGGUAAUCCAACAUCGAAUCGUGCUUGGCUAGAACGUAUAACGAUUAUUGGUUAUCCAUCAAAACCAAAUCGAAUUCAAUUAAUGAAUAAUUCGAAUGAUAAUCCGCCGCCAUCGCAAUUGGCAUUUAAAUAUGAUCAACAAAAACAUAUGCUAAUUAUACGUAAACCUGCAGUAAUGUUUGGACAAAAUUGGCAAAUUAAAAUCAAUUGAUUCGAAAAAUGAUAACUAUUUUUCCCUACAGUUGUUGUGAUAAUAUGAUGAUUUUUGUGU